UUAAAUCCUCAUCAUGGUCGUCUACCUGAAAAGCAAACCCCACGCAAACGGCACGAGCUCCAGCCCAAAAAUUGACGUUCCGAGCAUCGUACAAGGAGUCAUCAACGACAUUCGCACCAAAGGAGAUUCCGCAGUGCGUUCUUAUUCCGAGAAAUUCGACAGGUGGUCUCCAUCAUCGUUCAAACUCUCAUUUCAAGAAAUCGAAAACAUCAUUUCCAAAGUACCGAAGCAAACCAUUGAAGAUAUCAAGACAGUUCAACACAAUGUCCGUACUUUUGCUUUGGCACAGCGAGAAUCUCUCAAGGACUUUGAGUUGGAGAUCAGGCCUGGCGUUCAUCUUGGACAGAAGAAUAUUCCCAUUUCAGCUGUUGGAGCAUAUAUCCCAGGUGGCCGGUACCCAUUGUUGGCGUCAGCUCAUAUGACAAUUGUGACUGCAAAGGCCGCAGGCGUACGUCGAGUGGUGGCUUGCACACCCCCCAUCAAUGGCGAGAUACCUUCCUCGACAAUUGCAGCCAUGCACCUUGCGGGCGCCGACGAGAUCUAUAUUCUCGGAGGAGUGCAGGCCGUUGCAGCAAUGGCCAUUGGAACCGAGACCAUGGAUAAGGUCGACUUCAUUGCCGGUCCCGGGAAUCCUUUCGUAGCAGAAGCGAAGCGUCAACUUUUUGGAGAAAUCGGUAUCGACUUACCUGCAGGUCCAACAGAGGUCUUGAUCGUUGCUGAUCACAAGGCUGAUCCGACGACCGUGGCUGUGGAUCUGCUUUCUCAAGCGGAACAUGGUCCCGAUACACCUGCGGUACUGAUCACUACUUCUCGGGAAGUGGGGGAGAAGAGUAUCAAGGAGGUUGAUAGAUUGCUGAAGAUUCUGCCUACUGCAGCGCUUGCUGGGGUAUCGUGGGAUACAUUCGGAGAGGUCAUUGUGGUCGACUCUCUGAAUGAAGCUUAUGAGCUUGCGGACAAGUAUGCUAGUGAGCAUGUCCAGAUUUUAACUGAACAUCCACGAGAGGCAUUGGAGAAGAUGUCGAAUUAUGGUGCAUUGUUUCUUGGAGAGAAAACUUGUGUCUCAUAUGGUGACAAGGUGAUUGGCACGAACCAUGUUCUGCCCACGAAGAAAGCCGCUCGCUUUACUGGGGGACUGUGGGUCGGAAAGUAUCUAAAAACUGUGACUUAUCAAGAAGUCACUUCAGCUCAGGAAAGUGGUGAGUUGGGAGUGCUUUGUGGCCGAGCUGCAAGAGCAGAGAAUUUUGAGGGUCAUGCAAGAUCUGGGGACAUUCGAGCAAACACUUAUUUGGGGGAGAGCUUUGGGUGGUUGCAAUAAUUGUCAUACAUGGUUGGAAAGAUUAUCAAGCAAGCAGGGAACGACGAAGGAUCGACUUCGGUCGGCUAGAAGCUGCUCUAGCUAUCGUCAAGCUGCUCAAGUAGAGUGGAUCGUAGUCAAGGCUGAAUAUGGCAGAUUGAAAACCGAGAUUCUUCCUCGUAA